AUGCCUUAUAAGCGGAUGAUUAAAGGCACAUCUCCGUAUUGCUUACAAGGUCUGCCUGUUGGUCUACAGCUGAGAAAUCCGAAAGACUAUGGGACAAACCAGCUACGAUCAAUAAUUUCAUGCGCAAAGGCUAUUAAAGUAGUAAGCGAGAUCUUGUGGUGCCUUCUUACCUCAAGAUUUUGGGGAACUAAAGAAGGAAAUAUAUUUGUACAGUUAGUAGUUUAGAAGUAGAAAAAAACAAAAGCCACUACGUUAGACGUUGCGUUACUGAUGUAUGUUCUUUCAAUUUUUUGACAGAUAAAAAAGCCAUUGGACCAGAACCCAAAUGAACAACGAAAACAACAGUCACAACGACAAAAACAGCAACAACUGCAACCAGAACAACUGCAACAACAACAGCAACAACAACAACAACAACAACAACAACAACAACAACAACAACAACAACAUCAACAACAAAAUCAACAACAAAAUCAACAACAACUGCAGCAACAACGACAAACAAGUCGACAACAAAAAGGCGUUGUGAACCUACAGAUCCCCAAUGACGACUACAAUCCAAUUGAUGGUAAGUACUUAUUAUACAUGCAUUAUUAUAUAUGUGCAAUCAUUUUUUUACAUUAACUAGCCAGACAGCGGCCAAAAAAGGCUUUAACAUGAAAACGAGGCUUUUAAUAAAAACAUACUAUUCAAUAAAAAACUUAAUUCAUACUUGGUAAGAAAUUUGCAAGAUUUUUAUAAGAUAUAUAUACAGUAUAGUUUGCGCCCAUCAUUUCCUUUGUGAUUGCUAACAUGAUGCCAUUAUAAUAAUUCCAUUUUAUUCUAUAAUUUUGUAGGUGAGAGUGUAAUUGUUAUUGGGGUUUGUGCUAAAAAACCUCUGUUAUUUGGUUCUGGUGUUGUUUUACCAGGACGGAAACUUCACUUUAAAGAUAUUCGAGAAAACUCGUGUAAAAGAUCGAUUUCAACGAUUAGUAGUACCUGCCCAGGCGAUGCCAAGCCAUUUUACCAAGACAAAAAUGGGGAGAACAGACUAGUAGUUGGACAGAUUUACGAGUGGCCUAGAACAUAUCUUUUCCCUUCAAAAAACUUUAAUUAA